GGAAAUUUGGACGCUCCCCGAUGUUGUCGUUGCCAUGGACCCGAACGCGUGCGGCACCCUCGAUGAAGGAGGAGCGAUCUCCGACGUCCUCUUCGUCGUCAUCUACGUUGUUGUCUGAGAGCCGAGAGACCACCGCGGCGCGUCCGAUGCUGUCGACGGAGCGUCGCGACGAGCUGCUCCAAAUGGCAAGGGCGAAGCGGAUAGCAUGGGUGGAAGGGACUACUGGAGGUCUGGGUCGGAGACGACGUGGCUCUGAUUCGUCCAAGCAGCAGAGCAGCACCAUGCCGAGCCAUGUGAUGGAGUUGAUGAAGUGUGCGGACGACAUGCUUCAUUUCGUGGAGAGUUUCGACGUUGUCGCGACGCAUCCGCCAUUGGCAUCUGACGCGAGGAAGGAUUCGUCAUCCAAUGCUUCCCCGAUAUCGAUCUUGCAAGAGAUCGUCGCAUCGAGCGAGCAUCUUCCUUCGUCGAACGACCCUUCGGACCUGCCACCACUGCGGUUGGAUCCCACGUUUCAGCGCGCGUACAACCAGCUGCUGGACGUGCUCAAGCAUCCCGACGCCGCCGACUUGGUCCAUUCGAUCCAGGGCUUUGUCAAGUCCUUCCACGAGACGGCAUCUUCCUCCUCUCGCACGGCAUCCACCUCCUCUCGCGGCGACAAGGUCCACGCGUUCAUCAGCCACUUUCUCCAUCUGAUGCAACUGUCUCCGUUGAUCAAGACCCUCGAGGCGUCCAGUCCGGAUGCAUUAUCCGACCUUCGAGACCACGACAUGCGGCGGGAAACAUUGGAAGCGUUCGUGAUGGAAAAGCUCCAUGGCGCGGCAUUUGGAGCGUGUCCGCAGGAAGACGCGGCGCUCUCGCAGCGCAUCGCGUCGCUGGGGUUUUUGUCCUUUGAGCACCUCGACAUCACCGCGACGUCGGACGUGGCGCGAUGGACAUGCAUCCAAGCGCGGCUGUCGCAACUGCCGCGAUUCCUGAGUCCACGGCGGCAGAUGGCGUGCAUCCUCCAAGUAUGCCACGACCUGACCCACCUAUUGAAAGACCAUCUGGGCGGCAAAUACCCCGGCGCCGACGACUUCCUCCCCGCGCUCAUCUACACCAUCCUCAAGGCGAACCCCCCGAACUUGCACAGCACGGUCGCGUACAUCCAAAUGUAUCGGCAUCCGUCCAAGUUGAUGUCCGAGCCAGGGUACUUCUUCACCCAUGUUGUGUCGUCUCUGAGCUUUCUAGAGCAUUUGGAUGACUCGGGGCUAUCGAUUUCCCCCGAGGAGUUCCAUUUGGGGCUGCAACAAGUGUCGAUGGAGGGCGACAUGCAACCACAAGCGGCCGUGGACGUGCAAGGCGGGGCGACUAGUAGUACUAGUAGUAGUAGCACUGACAACAGUGCAGCAUUGAAAGACAAGCAAGAUGGAAAUAUGGGGUCUGUCCUGGAUGUAUGGCAUCGACGGGCUCGAAAGAAGUCGUCGACUGCGAUGCAAGUCCCCCUGUUUACGUUUCACUUGCCUCCCCUCAUGAUGCCGCCGCCGCCCGCCGCGGCCGCCGUCACAACAACCAACUCGUUUGUGGACAUGGCACCGGACGACCUGAGAGUGCAAGAUGUGCCCCAUCUCCUCGCAGAAUACAAGCUGCUUAAUGUCCUGUGCCAUCAACAUGGUAGCGUCCGGUCGUCGCAACAUAAUAACAACAUGGCGAUGUGAAUGUACUAAUUAGUAUGGCGGUA